AUGGAUAUGGAUGCUUCAGCCUCGACUGAGUCGCCUGAUGACCAGGACGACUUUCCAAUCCACUGCAAAGGAUGUGGUGAGAUUCUCGAGGAAGGAAAGGCUUUCGAGCUUGCCGGAAACCGAUGGCAUAUCGAUUGCUUCCGAUGUCAUACUUGCGGCGCUUACCUCGACUCCGACGUAAACCUCCUUAUGGUCGGCGAUGGCUCCCUCGUGUGCAGAAAUUGUGCCUACAGCUGCAGCUCCUGCGGUUCCAAAAUCGACGACGUCGCGAUUGUUACCGGCGAGCAAGCUUUUUGCGCCGGGUGUUUCAAGUGCCGCAAUUGCAAGAAAAAGAUCGAAAAUCUCCGCUAUGCACGAACCUCGCAGGGUAUAUUUUGCAUGGAUUGCCAUGAAUCGUUAAUGUCGAGGAGGAGGAAACGAACGGCUCGGAACGCUGCGCAGCGACAGAAGCCUCCUGGCCCGAGCAUGCAUCUUGAUAAAUCGCUUCCAUCACUCCCUCCAUCCAUGAUGGUGCCUGACAAUAAUGCACAACCGCCAUCCUCCUCUGAUAUAUAUUCCGAUACAACAUCGGAUCACCUUCCCCAAUCUAGGCAGGAGGACGACCGGGGAGUCCGGUCGUAUUCUUCAAAUCAAGACAAUCAACUUCUCCCCUCGAGCACUUAUAACAGCAACCGUCACUCAGUAGCAACUCAUAGGUCUGAUGGGUCCGGAGGUGAAGAAUUCCUCAUACCCGUUGCGUUUGACCCUACCCCCUCUGAGCACCCGUCUCCACACAUGGGCUCCCCGAAUUCAUCUAUGACACAAAGCGAUGACAGGCCAAAGGACUAUUUUAGUCGUGUAGCCGCUGCGCCUCUCGGAAUAGGGGAAAGCCCCUCGAUGUUAUCGCCAUCCCACAUCGCAUAUCAGGAUAAGCGACAAAUGAAUGCCAUCCCCCAGCAAUGGCUUCAGGAAGCUACCACUCCACCUCAAGGGCAACAAGCAAAUAACUCUAACCAACGAGGCGACUCGCAUAGUGCUCGCGCUAGCAUGAGCAUAGACAACUCUAGGCUAUCCCAGGAAAUCCCCAGAAGCAAGGACCAAGGCAACUUCGGAUCUAACACCCAUCUUAACCCGGAGACAAGCUCUAUUAGACACAGCGAGAGGUCAUCGAACCGCCAUUCGGUUCCUGGAAAGGAAGCCCUCGUCUCUCAAAACUCCACCGCGAACCAGAGGAAAAAAUUAUCGACUGAACAAGCCAAUCCCGGCACGAUUUCUUCCGCUUCGAAUCAGCUACAAUACCCACCUAAGAGAGGAGACUCCUUGGAAAGUAGUAAACUUCAUCAGAACAUUCAAAGGAAGGAAAUCCCACCGGCAUCUCAUGAUCAUGCAGAACAGAAUGAAGGCACUGUUAGGUCCUCCACCAGCUCCGAUUAUGCGUCAGUGGCAUCAAAGGCGAUUGAAAGCAUACCACCAGCUCGUAAUAAUGCUACAACAACUACUGCUCCCUCAUCACAUACCCGGUCUGCAUCCGGAGGCGUCAGCAGUUAUACUCUACCAUCAGACGCCCAGCGACAAGCAUCUCCUGGGUCCUCUCCUGGACUUCUGCGGUACAGCGCAGUUGGUGACUUCUCCCUAGAUGAAGAUAUGGCGCGUAUCCUUGGCGAUGAUGCACAGGCUCAGGACUCAUUCCUCCGUAAAGUGUCAAACUCUGUUCGACAUGGUAGAAGUUUCAGUGACAAGGGCUCACGGCUAUCUCGAGAGCACAAAUGGCCUGCUAAAUCUCCUCCUGGCACUGGAAGCUCUGGGAACGACCUUAGUAGCCCGACAUCCGGUGGCCUUGAAAGCAAGGACGAACUAACUUGGCUCAAAAACGAACUGAAACGGGAGCGCCAGAAGGUUAUCGAGAAAGAUCAAAAGAUUUUGGAAUUAGAAUCCUCGCUUAAUGCAACUGUAAAUAUUAAGCAGGUCAACACAGAGCUACGGGAGAAACGAUCUACCAUGAUCUUCCUGGAUGCGCAAAAGGAGAUCAUCCUUCGAGAGCUCGAGGUAUGGAAGGAGCAUAUUGCAGCCGAGAAGAAAAAUAAUAAGCCACUUGAUCUGGGGAAGAUGAGCAACUCUGUUCUUCGAGAUCUUGCCGAAUCUCUUGAAGGCCUGAAAGAUACCUUUGCCCCGCAGAUCGAAGAGCUGAUUCAGAAACGCAAUGAUCUGGUUGAAGAAUUAGCUAACCUUGGAAAGAUGAAGGACAAGAGCUUCCAAGAGUUUGAACAAUUGUCACUAAAAAAUGCACAGUUGGCAGAGCUAAACAACCAGCUUGUGCACCAGAUCCAGGAACUGUACAAGGCAAACUCAAAUACCUCUAGCGGCGGUAGUACCCGACCCCCUCCAAAUGGCCUGGGGAUAUACUCCCACCAUAAGGACAAAUCUACCGCCUCCUUAGAAGCACGCUCUACUCCCUAUGAAGCGGGAACUUCCACCUCUAGCGUAACGGUGCCGGAAGAAGCCGAGCCGGCUACCGUCAUUCAAGGACCUCAUGUCGUGAGUAUCCGCAAAGCACAACCCAAGAAAUUUACCUGGAAAAAGGGUCAGAACGUUGCCAAGGGCGUUACCAAGGGGCUCAAGGGCGCAUUCUUGUACCAGCGGGAGGGCCAGGGCCAAUUUAACGAGAACUCCUCGUAUAAUUCUGGUUCCCAGCAGGAAGGAAGUGGACCAGCUAUGCCGCGUUCGCAGACGCAGGACCCAUCCAGACAGGGAUUCGGUUUCUUUGGGAAUCAGAAGAGUAAGCCUACGCCAUGGAAGGGACAGUCUAAUGGUAGUUCCCCGGCUCUGGAAUCACCAAUAAGUCUGUUUGGUGGAGAACUGGAGCAACGGCUGGAGAUUGAGAAAGCUGUCAUCCCUAGUGUUGUCACACGUUGUAUCGAGGAAGUCGAACUCCGAGGAAUGGACGUGGAAGGCAUCUACCGGAAAUCUGGAGGAAGCUCCCAAGUUCAAACUAUUCGUGAAGGCUUUGAGCGUUCUCGCGACUAUGAUAUAUCGGAUCCCGACCUUGAUAUAAACGCCAUCACUUCCACCCUCAAGCAAUAUUUCCGCAUGCUCCCGACCCCUCUCGUCACAUACCCUGUGUAUGACAUGCUCCUCGAAGCAACCAACGUGACGCCUGUCUCCGCAAGAGUUGAAGUCAUUCAGCAAGGCCUUCAGGAACUCCCUCGCGUACACAGGGACGUCCUCGAGUUCCUCGUCUUCCACUUGAAACGUGUCGUUGAUCGCGAGAAGGAAAAUCUCAUGACUAGUCUUAACAUCGCCGUUGUUUUUGCGCCUACAAUCUUACGCCCCGAAAGCUUGAGCCGUGAAAUGACCGAUGUCCAGAAAAAGAACGAAACGAUCCAGUUUAUGGUAGAAAACUGCCAGGACAUAUUCAUGGGCAUUGAGGAGUGA